GCUACAGCGCAUGCGCCGGGCGUGGCCCCGCCUCCCUGCACCGCACGGCUCGCGGGUCGCAUUCCGGGGUCGGAUUCGCUGGUUUCCUUCAGCCUUCCAUGCUGCGGCGGCUGCGGGGCACCCUGGGAUAGCGGCGGCUCGCCGGAUCUUGGCCCUUUCCAAGCGCUCCUGAUGCCUCAUAUGCCUCUGGCUUCUUUUCGAUCACCACUCUGGGGGCUGAGGCCGUCACAGGUCUUCCCCAGGUCGUAUCCCCUCUCUACCCAGUCAAAGCCCCAUGGAUCCUCCCUCUCCCGGAGAAACCAUGAAGCCAAGAAGAAGCGCCAGCGAGAAAAGCAGGCGGCGCUGGAGGCUGGGGUAGCCCGGAAGAGCAAGUCACCUGCAGAAUCCAGUAAGUCCUGGACUCCUAAGGAGGUGGUGGUGUAUGAAAUUCCCACAAAACGCGGUGAAAAGAAAGAUGUCUCCCGGGUCCUGCCUCCUGCAUACAGCCCUCGAUAUGUUGAGGCUGCCUGGUACUCUUGGUGGGUGCGAGAGGGCUUCUUCAAACCAGAAUAUCAGACCAGGCUGCCCCAGGCCACAGGGGAGACGUUUUCCAUGUGUAUCCCACCUCCCAAUGUCACUGGCUCCCUACAUAUUGGACAUGCACUGACAGUGGCCAUACAGGAUGCCCUGGUGCGCUGGCACCGGAUGUGUGGGGAUGAGGUGCUGUGGGUCCCAGGCUCAGAUCAUGCGGGAAUUGCUACACAAGCUGUGGUGGAGAAGCAACUUUGGAAGGAGCAAGGAGUGAGGAGACAUGAGCUGAGCCGGGAAGACUUCCUUAGGGAGGUGUGGAAGUGGAAGGAGGAGAAAGGUGGAGAGAUCUGUGAGCAGCUCCAAGCUCUGGGGGCCUCCCUGGACUGGGACCGAGAGUGUUUCACUAUGGAUGCUGACUCCUCAGUGGCCGUGACUGAAGCUUUUGUGCGACUCUAUGAGGCAGGGUUGUUGUAUCGGAACCAGCAGCUUGUCAACUGGUCCUGUGCUUUAAGAUCAGCCAUCUCGGAUAUCGAGGUGGAGAGCCGGCCCCUGCCUGGCCGCACGGAACUUCGUCUGCCUGGCUGCCCCAUCCCUGUGUCUUUUGGCCUCCUUGUUUCUGUGGCCUUCCCUGUGGAUGGAGAGCCUGACACAGAGAUUGUAGUAGGAACCACAAGGCCAGAGACAUUGCCUGGAGACGUGGCUGUGGCUGUUCAUCCUGAUGACUCCCGAUACACACAUCUGCAUGGGCGACAGCUUCGUCACCCCUUGACUGGGCAGCUUCUCCCCCUCGUCACAGACUCUGCUGUUCAGCCACACAUGGGCACAGGGGCGGUGAAGGUGACUCCAGCACAUAGUCUUGCUGAUGCUGAGCUGGGAGCCCGACAUGGCUUGAGCCCUCUGAGUGUCAUUGCAGAGGAUGGGACCAUGACUUCCCUCUGUGGGGAUUGGCUACAGGGUCUUCACCGAUUUGUGGCCCGGGAAAAGAUUAUGUCUGCACUGAGGGAGCGGGGCCUGUUCCGGGGCCUUCAGAACCACCCUAUGGUGCUUCCUAUUUGCAGCCGUUCUGGGGACGUGGUAGAAUACCUACUGAAGAGCCAGUGGUUUGUCCGCUGCCGGGAGAUGGGGGAUCGAGCUGCCCAGGCUGUGGAGUCAGGAGCUCUGGAGCUCAGUCCCUCCUUCCACCAGAAAAACUGGCAGCACUGGUUUUCCCACAUUGGAGACUGGUGUAUCUCCCGGCAGCUGUGGUGGGGCCAUCAGAUUCCCGCCUACCUGGUUGUAGAGGAGCAAACGAAGGGUGACAGGGAGGACUGUUGGGUGGUUGGGAGGACAGAGGCCGAGGCCAGAAAAAUAGCUUCAGAGCUGACAGGGAGACCAGCGGCAGAGCUGAUCCUGCAGAGGGACCCUGAUGUCCUGGACACAUGGUUCUCUUCAGCUCUUUUCCCCUUUGCUGCCCUGGGCUGGCCCCAAGAGACCCCAGACCUCACUCGUUUCUACCCCCUGUCACUUUUGGAAACUGGUAGUGACCUUCUGUUCUUCUGGGUGGGCCGCAUGGUCAUGUUGGGGACCCAGCUCACAGGGCAGCUCCCCUUCAGCAAGGUGCUUCUUCAUUCCAUGGUUCGGGACAGGCAGGGCCGGAAAAUGAGCAAGUCCCUAGGGAAUGUGUUGGACCCACGAGACAUCAUCAGUGGGGUGGAGCUUCAGGUGCUGCAGGAAAAGCUGAGGGAUGGGAACUUGGACUCUACAGAGCUGGCGAUCGCGGCUGCAGCACAGAGAAAGGACUUCCCUCAUGGGAUCCCUGAGUGUGGGACAGAUGCCCUAAGAUUCACCUUGUGCUCCCAUGGGGCCUUAGGGGGCGACUUGCACCUGUCUGUCUCCGAAGUCCUGAGUUCCCGGCAUUUCUGCAACAAAAUCUGGAAUGCCCUGCGCUUUAUCCUCAAUGCCUUAGGGGAGAAAUUUGUGCCCCAGCCUGCAGAAGAGCUUUCCCCUUCAUCGCCCAUGGAUGCCUGGAUCCUGAGCCGUCUUGCCCAUACUGCCCGGGAGUGUGGGCGAGGCUUCCUUGCCCAAGAGCUCUCACUUGUCACCCAUGCCCUGCACCACUUCUGGCUCCAUAACCUCUGUGAUGUCUACUUGGAGGCUGUGAAGCCGGUGCUGUUGUACUCGCCCCGUCCCCAAGGCCCCCCUCAGGUCCUGUUCUCCUGUGCUGACAUCGGUCUCCGCCUCCUCGCCCCACUGAUGCCCUUCCUGGCUGAAGAGCUCUGGCAGAGGCUGCCCCCCAGGCCUGGAGGCUCCUCUGCCCCUAGCAUCUCUGUUGCCCCCUACCCCACUGCCUGCAGCUUGGAACACUGGCACCAGCCUGAGCUGGAACAGCGCUUCUCCCGGGUCCAAGAGGCCGUGCAGGCACUGAGGGCUCUCCGAGCCACAUACCAGCUCACAAAGGCCCGGCCCCGAGUGCUGUUGCAGAGCUCAGAGCCUGAAGAGCAAGGCCUCUUCGAGGCCUUUCUGGAACCUCUAGGCACCCUGGGCCACUGUGGGGCUGUGGGCUUCUUACCCCCAGGUGUACUGGCUCCCUCUGGCUGGGCCCAGGCUCCACUCAAUGAUACCAUUCAGGUGUACAUGGAGCUGCAGGGGCUUGUGGACCCCCAGACCCAUCUAUCUCUGCUAGCUGCCCGAAGACACAAGUUGCAAAAGCAGCUUGAUGGCCUCAUGGCCUGGACCCCAUCAGACGGGGAGACGGAGACUAAAAGGCAGCAGAGGCUUUCUUCCCUCGAGUUGGAAUUGUCGAAGCUGGACAAGGCAGCCUCUCACCUCCGGCAGCUGAUGGAUGCAUGUCCUAGCCCCAGAGAGCUCUGAGCUCCAGCUCACUAUAUGGUGGUUUUCUUCUCUUCCUGAUCUGCCUUUGAGGACAGACAGAAUCUAGCAGCUGUCAAGCAUGAUGGAGAUUCUGAGACCUUGUGGCUCACUUCCCAUAUUUCGUAAAUAAGGAAACCGAUUGGUUUGGUCAGUGUCACUGGGUGUCCUCAAGAUGCUCACAUUCCUGCCCAGCCUCCCUCUUAUGCAGUCCUACCUGGAAGUUUAGGAAUGAGAUAAACUUGGUCUUUUUAUUCCUC